UGUGUCAGAAAUGUUCGAGGACAUAGCAAAGCAGAAAUUGAAGGUCGAUGGGGAGUACGCCAGUGCAGAUCUCACUCUUGACUUGGCCCUGAAGCGCAUCAAGGAUCACCGUCACCAGGAGUCUCUAUAUUUCAAGCUUUAUGGUCGCAUUGAAGUACAGGAGUGGCUGCUGAAGGAUCCUGCCCGAAAUAAGGCGUAUCGCGAGGCUAUACUCUGCAACGAGUCCUUCAAAAACAAGACUGUUCUCGACGUGGGUUGUGGAAUGGGCAUCCUUUCCCUGUUUGCAGCCAAAGCGGGUGCCAAAAGGGUCCUGGCUGUGGAUGCUUCCAGCACUACGGACUUUGCCCACCGGAUUGUGCAGGACAAUGGAUAUGGCGAUGUUAUAAUGGUGAUACGGGGAAAGGUGGAGGACAUAGAGCUGCCUGCCGACAUGCACAAAGUGGACAUCAUUGUGUGCGACUGGAUGGGUUAUUGCCUGUUUUCUGAAAAUAUGCUGGACUCGUUGAUUUUUGCGCGGGACAAGUGGUUGGUCGCCGGGGGCCACAUUUUUCCGGACUCGGCGCAGCUCUUUUUGGCGGCCAUCAAGGGGCGGGACCAGGACCUCGGCUUCUGGCACGAUGUCCAUGGCUUCGACCUGUCGGCCAUCCGGCGGAGAUGCGAAUCGAAGGCGGUGGUGGAGCACGUAACCGCCGGUCAGGUGAUGAGCAAGGUGUGUCUGGUCAAAUCGCUGGACCUUUACAACGUGCGCCGAAAUUCCAGCGACUUUCGAUCCUCUUACGAGCUAAAGGUCAUCCGAAAUGGCUGGGUUCAUGCCCUGGUGGCCUACUUCGAUGUGGGAUUCAGCAAGAGUCCGCAAAGGAUCAGCUUUAGUACAUCGCCCAGUGCACCCUGGACACAUUGGAACCAAACGGUUUUUUAUCUGGAAACUCCACUUUCUGUGAAAUCAGGCGAGUCAAUCAAGGGCGUGUUUAGCAUAAGACCCAGCGUGGAUAGCAUCUUCGACCUGGAGUUCGACAUCUAUGUGGAUUUCCAGAGCAGCGGAAAAUCGGUGACAAGCCAACAAUCCUUUGUCCUGACCAACCCACUUAUACUGGGCGCACUCUAGAAAGGAGAACCCACCAAGUAUGCCACACAAAAUAUCAUUGGAUCACAAUAAAAUGAACGAGCAGUAAAAUAAAGUAAA